CGCAAGCACGUCCCCUCCGCGGGUGCCGGGGCCAUCCCCCGGGCGCGCGCACGUCCCCCUCACGUGCCGUCAGGACGAUCCCGGGCGCGCGCACGCCCCCACAAGCCAGGAAGAUCCCGGGCGCGCGCACGUUUCUCCGGGGGCGCGCACGACCCUCCGACCGGGCCCCUCACUAAGAGGGGGUCCCGGGCUGAGGAGGGCCCGGGUGGAGGUGGAUGGCGGCCCGCCGAGGUGAUAGCUCACAGUCAGUAUCAGAAGUCGAAAAGAAUCUCCAUCUUUCUGAGCAUGCAAGACGAAGUCGAGACAGAAGAGAUCAUCAGGGACAUUUUCCGGCAAGGGAAGACCUGCUUCGUCCCACGGUACCGGUUCCAGGACAACCACAUGGACAUGCUGAGACUGACGUCCCCCGACGAAAUUUCGUUACUUCCCAGGACGUCCUGGAAUAUCCUUCAGCCUGGAGAGGAUGAGGUCCGGGAGGAAGCCUUGUCCACAGGGGGACUUGAUCUCAUCUUUGUGCCGGGUCUUGGGUUUGACAAGCAUGGCAACCGGCUGGGGAGGGGCAAGGGCUACUACGACUCCUACCUGACGCGCUGUCUGCAGCAGCGGGACUCGAAGCCCUACACCGUGGCCUUGGCGUUCCGAGAACAGAUGUGCCUCCGGGUCCCCGUGGACGAACACGACGUGAGGGUGGAUGAAGUCCUUUACGAAGACUCCAUGUAGAUCCCGAUGCCUGCGGCCCGGAGAAAAGCAGAAUACGUGUUUCCCCUCGUCACGAGGUAGCGUGCGUUUUGCCCACUGACGGUGAAUAUGGACUGCAUUGUUUUUAGUGGAAUUGCAAACGCCUCACAUUAAAGCAUCUUCCAAAACCAA